AUGCUGCGCUUUCCUUUAGUCCCCUUCGACCCUCCCGCACUUCCUUCUUCCAAUUCUCAUUCUCCUCCUUCUCCUCCUCCUCCUCCUCCUCCUCCUCCCACGCAGCAACCCCGUAUGAUCCGGGGUUGGACUUCUCUUAAGCGGCGUCUGAGACGCAGUCCGGUCCUGUCGGAGCCCUCGAGCGAAGACACCUCACAAACCGCCCCUUCAACCAUCACAAGCAACGAUGACAAGAUGGCGACUUGGAUGAAAUUCCAAGAGGACGGCUUUUCGCGUUAUUCGUCAUCCAUCUACAGUCAAGCCGAAAGCCAAAGUCCGAAUGGAAGUCCCGGGAAGCCAAUGCAGCGGCCUCUCUCGCCAAUUGCGCCUCUGUUCAGUUCCUCUCCCAGUGGGAAGUCCCCAAUGGCCCCUCCCCGUCGCCACUCGCGCCCUUACAAAGUCGGCAGUAUUGGCUGGGUUAUCCCAUCAGACGUCUUGGCUACCUCAGGCACGGCCUCGGAGGUGCUGGGGAUGGAGGGAUUGAAUAUGCUACAAAUCGAAGCUCACAUGAAAGGAGCUCUCAAGAUAUUUGCCAAGAUCUACACUUCGGCGAAGAUCUUGCAUGUCGCGUUUCUUGCGUACGGGGCAGAGCUCGGGAACAGCAAAUUUGGACUCUUGCAUUGGAUCGAACGCGCGGAAGCUAAUAUUCGAACCGACUCACUGUCCGAUCUUAUCGAAAUCGUGGAGAAUCUGUUUUACACCCUCUACGCGCGAAUUGUCCUGGAAAUGGCAGCAAUGGAACUCUGCGCCAAUUUCAAAACGGAACCUCGCCAAUGUCUAGACCGUCGUAAAUUCUACCUCCCCAAUCCGGCUCACCUGUACCACAUCUUUGUAUCGAUCAAAGACGUUCUCGACUCACCCGCCAUCUGCGAGGGGCUCCACGAAUCUGUCCUAUGUGCAUACCAGGAAAUUCACCUCCGCAAUGUUGCCGAUCAGAAUGCCGACAAAGAAUACAAUCUGGAUGACCCGAUCGGCUACCACCGAUACGUGCUGGAAAUAGUGAGCGAUAGAAACAGCAGAUUCGUCCAGAAAUGGGCUACCCUGCUUCCCUUCUUCAGUGAUAUUCCGGCAGAGUUGAUGAUCGCCAUUUCGGAGAAUUACCUCACUGUUGAGCCCCAGGUGGAACUUCAGAGCGACGUGCCUGCCGACCAACUGCCUUUCAAUGAUUUGAAAACGACGCAGUACAAUAUGUGGGUGAAGGAGCUUACCGAGGACUACCGAGUGGCCUCUCUAGCCAGUUUAGAAGGUAGAAUGUUGGGAGAAUAUCGCCGCGACGAAGGAAAACCGCUCUUAACAUUGGCCAAGCAGCACAAGUGCAUCUGCAUCUCUCUCUGUCGCUGUGCUGGUGAAUGUACCGUUUGUCUCGAGCUCCCCUGCCCCUGCUAUGAACGACAGCUGCGGAUUCUGCUGGCCCAAAACCGCAGAGGUCCCGGCGAAUUCGACUUCGCAACCCGGGCGAACACCCUUGCGCGGGCUUUGUUUGAAAAACUUGCGUUCCUGAAACUGAGCAUCCGCCAUGAUCAACUGCUGAGUCAGUUAGACGAGGUGAUGGAAGGGUUCGAACUGGAGAUUUUGAAGGAGCGCUCGUCAGGGUUGAGCGGUUCUUGGACUUGA